UCAAAUUUUGCCAUGUCAGUCUAUAUAUAGCUUCUACCUCUCCCCCUGCCAAACCAUAACCAAAACAAAACAAAAAACGAGACUUUUUCUCUUUGUGUGCUCCUCUGCCAUCUACAUUUAUUUCAAUUUUAGAGUACUACUUUUUGUGUUUUACUAAUUAACCAUGGAAGAGAAGUCGAAAAUGCAGAAGAAGAAAUCAUUGGUUGCUCGUAGAGCAUGGAACAUUCUCCGUUUGGCCUUAUUAUGGGCAAGAAAAGGUGGCAUUUUCAAGAAAAGGAUCCUUAUGAAUCUUCAUAUGCUUCCCAAAUACAUUAAAAACCUUCAUCAUACCAACAAUUACGGUGCACUACAUUAUGGGGAGCGUGAGCUUUCCUUUGAUGACACCCCUAUCUUUCACGUCAAGAUGCAUCGUCCUGCUUCCUUGCGUUUCAAGAUGCCUAAUAUCCCUUGCAUCAAACCUCAAGUCGAUUUUGACUUUGACUUUGACUUUGACAACGAUCAUGAUCAGAGUGACGAUGAAAUGUACCAUGGUAAUGAGGACGAUGAUGAUGUUGUUCCUAGGAAAGGUUUCUUGAAUGGAGCGGAUGAUUAUUGUGAAGAGAAUGAAAUAAUUAAUGCUGGUCCUGGUGACGAAGCUAUUGAUAUGAAGGCUGAGGAGUUUAUUGCAAAGUUCUAUGAACAAAUAAAGAUGCAAAGACAAAUAUCAUAUUUACAAUACCAUGAGACGACCGCUAAUUAAUGGUACAAAUUGAUGGCCGGAGAGUUUGCAGAUGCUAAUUCCACUCUUUAUUAUCCACUAAUUCCCAUUCUUUUUGCUAUCAUACUCUUGUUUCAACUUCAUAGUACUAGUAUUCUUUUUGUAUAGGAGGAGUAGCGGCAUUUUUUGUAUAUUGAAAGAGGUAUUCGAUACAUUCGACUCUGCAAAAUGAAAGCUCAAAAUUUUCCUUUAAGA